AUGACCCAUGAGAUGGAAGAUUCAGAGGAGGCAGAUGGGACGAACAACGACGAUGAAGGCCGGCAGCUCUACAAGCUGGACGAGGCCUUCGAAUCCGACUACCUGGCACCCCGGAAGAUCAAGCGCAUGCGGCGGCAAGUCUUCGUCGACCCAGAGGAGAUGAAGGCCAAGAUCCGAGCUGCGGCAGUGAGGCCGCAAUACAACGUCAGCAUGUAUUACCACGAUACUGGCUUGGCACGGCGCAUUGCAGUUCAGCCGCUCUUCGAGCAGCUGACGUUAGCCGUAAUCGGAUUCAACGCCAUCUGGCUUUGGGUCGACGUGGACCUCAACAAUGCGCCGACGCUCCUGAGCGCGGACCGGAUAUUUCAGGUCAUGGAGAACGCAUUCGCAAUCUUCUACACCCUCGAGUGGGCCAUCCGCUUCCUCGCCUUCAAGCGCAAGGUCGACAUAUUCCGGGACGGCUGGAUGUGCUUCGACACCCUCCUCCUCAUCCUACUGACGGGGGAGACGUGGGCCCUAAGCAUUUACCUGGCCCUCACCGCCACGGAGGCAGAAGUGGGAGGCAACACUGCAGUGUUGAAGUUGGCCCGCCUCAUGCGCUUGUCUCGUAUGGCUCGGAUGGCCCGGCUGUUGCGGAUGCUGCCGGAGCUUCAGAUCAUGGUCAAAGGCAUGGGCGCUGCCAUGCGUUCCGUGUUCUUCACCCUUUUGCUGCUGGCUUGCCUGCUCUACGUCUUCGGCAUCUCCUUCAAGAACAUUGUUUCGGGUACCGAGGUGGGCAGGCAAUACUUCAACUCUGUGUUCCAGUCCAUCCACACCCUGCUCCUGCAUGGCACUCUCUUGGAUGACGUUGUGGAUGUCAUGAAUGCCCUGGCGGACGAGUCCGUCUUACUGAUACUUCUGUUCUACAUCUUCAUUCUGUUCGUGGCAGGGCCGCAGAAAGAGGUGUUCCCAAAGGCAGCGCGAGCUUCUGGCUUGCUUCAUUCCGGAGCUGGCGUGCCAAAAGCGAUGGGGUAG